UGUUUGUACGUCGCGCGCGGGAGCUUUCGGUUAUUAAACAGUCGCUCGAGAGGAACUGGGAGACAGCAGGUACGCGAAUCUGAGGCCGCGUCAAAGGGAAAACGAACUUUUAUAGUAUAUUAUUAUAGAAACUAAAGGUCUCACACUCCGACCAUGGCGAUGCGGAGCGAGGCCAGGGUGGAGACGGAGGUGGAGGAGGAGGAAAGCUUCGGGCCGCAGCCUCUGAGCAGGCUGGAGCAAUGUGGCGUCAGCGCCAGCGACAUCAAAAAGCUGGGGGAGUCUGGUUUCCACACCAUCGAGGCAGUGGCCUACGCACCCAAGAAGGAGCUGCUCAACAUCAAAGGCAUCAGUGAGGCCAAGGCCGACAAAAUUCUAGCGGAAGCUGCCAAACUUGUGCCGAUGGGUUUCACCACGGCUACCGAGUUCCACCAGAGGAGAGCGGAGAUCAUCCAGAUCUCCACCGGCUCCAAAGAGCUCGACAAACUGCUGCAGGGCGGGAUCGAGACCGGCUCCAUCACGGAGAUGUUUGGGGAGUUUCGGACGGGGAAGACCCAGCUGUGCCACACGCUCGCUGUUACCUGUCAGCUGCCCAUUGAUCAGGGGGGAGGAGAAGGCAAAGCCAUGUACAUUGACACAGAGGGAACCUUCAGACCAGAGAGACUCCUCGCAGUGGCUGAGAGGUACGGGCUGGUAGGCAGUGACGUUCUGGACAACGUGGCUUACGCCCGAGCCUUCAACACGGACCAUCAGACCCAGCUGCUGUACCAAGCCUCCGCCAUGAUGGCCGAGUCCAGGUACGCCCUGCUGAUAGUGGACAGCGCGACAGCUCUGUACAGAACGGACUACUCGGGCAGAGGCGAGCUGUCGGCGCGACAGGGCCACCUGGGUCGCUUCCUCCGCAUGCUGCUCCGGCUGGCGGACGAGUUUGGCGUUGCCGUGGUGAUAUCCAACCAGGUGGUGGCGCAGGUGGACGGGGCAGCCAUGUUUUCCGCGGAUCCCAAGAAACCGAUUGGAGGCAACAUUCUGGCUCACGCCUCCACCACGCGUCUGUAUCUGAGGAAAGGCCGAGGAGAGACGAGGAUUUGCAAAAUCUACGACUCGCCCUGCCUGCCGGAGGCUGAAGCCAUGUUUGCUAUUAACCCCGAUGGCGUGGGCGAUGCCAAGGACUGAGCUGGCAGGGGGGAGGGGCUAAAUGUUACUGUCACACCUUCGGACUCCAUCCCAGACUAAAGGGAAGUGUGUGUGUCUGUGUGUGGCCUUCACACGGAGCGAUGGACUGACGAGUAGUCCCGAGAGGAAAGGUUGUAUGAUUUGAUGCCGACGGAGGCAGAGCGGAUGAGACGGCCUGCGGAUCUGCAUCGCAAACAGUUUCACACUGAAGCACGUUAGAGACAGAAGAGGUUUCUCAUAAUUACAGGAUCUAUGAUGAGCUACUGGUUUAUAAUUACCAGAUAUGCCUCAUAAGUGUCUCAGUACUGAUAUAUAGUACUAAAGAUACUAUGUGAUAAGUCCUUUUAUUUCUUUGUUGGCAGACAUGCACCACCCGAGUUUUGUCUCAGUGGUAAAAAGAUCUUUUGUGUUUGUUUCCAUGGUGUUUUUGUUGAAUGCCAUCGUUUUGAUUAAGUGUUGUUUGACUUCUUCUUCCAGCUCUACUGGUUUGUGUUUGUCUUUACGCGUCAAUUAAAUUUGUUUUGCCAUUAAA